AUGCAAAAGGAACAAAGUAGAAUAUCCUAUAAUGGAAUCCAAAAUGGCGGAUUAGUUAAGCCACCGGUCUUCAUACCCAGAGUGAUACCGAGAUCACCAUCUGUACCAUCCUUACAAAAUGAUAGAUCCUUUAAUGCACUUAAUGCAAGUGACCCCAUGUUAAACAGACCAUUGUUUGAAGAUUCUACAAAAUUAACACCAUCUAAUAAGACGCGAUUGGAACCGGAUUUUAAUCCAUCUCCUGUACAGGGAUCUCCUUCAACAAUUGGUGGUAAUUCUAAUUUAAGUGUUAUUGACAUGUAUGGCGAUGACACAGAAUCUCAAAUGGCAUCUGAAGAAUCUGAUGAUUCUCCACGUACGAAUAGCUAUACCCCAAUUAAUGAAAUAUCCGAUAACAGUAAUAUAAUAGAUGACAAAAAUAUACCCCAAUUAAUGCAUAGACUUUCAUUGUCUGACACUACAAAUAAAACCAACAACGAAGAUAACGAUGAUGAGUAUCAUAAACAACCAAUCCCCAAAUCUCCAAGGGUAAACAUAUCUAGUAAGGAUGCUGAAAAUUUCGAUCGUUACGGGUUUAAGAAACAAACUACAUAUAUAACAGAACAAGAAUACGAUGUAUGGUGGAAAGAAUACUAUCAAUAUUGUAACAGAAGGAAGAACAAAUGGAUACAAUUAAUGGAAAAAUAUGAUCUUUCGACUAAAGAUGAAUCUAUUAGAAGGUUUCCUCCAAAGAGUGAAAAAUUGAAAAGAUAUGUUAGAAAAGGUAUACCUGCUGAAUGGAGAGGUAAUGCCUGGUGGUAUUUUGCCAAUGGUCAACAACUGUUGGAUGAAAAUCCAAGUACUUACCCUCAAUUACUCUCGAAAAUAGAUCAUAUAGAGACCUUACCAGAUAAAGAAACCAAAUAUCCCGAUCUGGAGAUUAUAGAACGUGAUUUAAAUAGAACGUUUCCCGAUAAUAUUCAUUUCCAAAGAGAAUCUUUUCAAAAUACCGAACCUGAAAUGAUUAAGUCGUUAAGAAGAGUCCUUGUAGCAUUCUCAUUAUAUAAUACAAAGAUUGGGUAUUGUCAAUCUAUGAAUUUUUUGGCAGGUCUCUUAUUACUGUUUCUAGACGAAGAAAAAUCCUUUUGGAUGCUCGUAUUACUUACAUCUAAAUAUCUUCCUGGUGUUCACAAUGUAAACUUAGAAGGUGUAAACAUCGAUCAAGGUGUAUUGAUGCUUUGCGUACAAGAAUAUUUACCUGCUAUAUGGGAAUAUGUUGUGCCUUCUGAGAAGAGCAAUACUAAUAAAACGAAUCUAAACAAAUUGAUGAAUUCCAGGUUUACACCUAAUCAUUCUCAUAAUAAAGAUCCGAAAAAUGAGUUCUUAUUCAAACUACCUCCCGUUACAUUAUGUACAGCAAGUUGGUUCAUGAGUUGUUUUGUAGGAGUAUUACCUAUAGAGGUUACAUUAAGGAUUUGGGAUUGUCUAUUUUAUGAAGGUUCCCAUUUCUUAUUUAAAGUCUCUUUGGGUAUUCUAAAAUUGAGUGAAGGAGAAUUGUUGAAAGGAAAACAUUCCAAUUCUUUAACACAUUACACUUUGAAUGGAAAUCAGAAUAAAGAAAGAUUAAAUAAUCCUGAAGAAAAUGAAAUGGAAUUAUUUCAAAUAGUGCAAAGUUUCCCCAAAAAAAUACUGAAUCCUAAUGAUAUAUUUGAGAAGAUUAUUUUCAAGAAAAGAAUAACAUUCAACAACCUAGACCAAGAUGAGAUUGAUAGAUGUCGAAAAUAUGUAACGGAACAAAGACAGAAACAUAUUCCUCUUUCUGAUAACAAGAAAUCUUUAAGUCAUACAAACAUAAACGACAAUUCCAAUUCAGAAAGAUCCGUAUCCUCUCAAAUAGGCGAAUCUGGAUAUAAGAGUCUUAAUGUCCAGAAAUCAAAAACGAUGAAGCAAGAACACAAAUCUGAUGAACAAUUAUCGGGAUCCCAAAGCGAAGGGUACGGUUUCAAAAGAAGCAUUACGUCAGUCAACUGGAAUAGUGGCCUAAAACAGAGAGUACGUCAAAUCAGGAGCAAAAAAGAUUAA